CGACCCACUAGGAGCCAUGAACUUGUUGCCGGCUAACCCGCACGGCAACGGGCUGCUCUACGCUGGCUUCAACCAGGACCACGGAUGCUUUGCAUGUGGAAUGGAAAAUGGAUUCAGAGUUUAUAAUGCAGAUCCACUCAAAGAAAAAGAGAAACAAGAAUUCCUAGAAGGAGGUGUUGGGCAUGUUGAAAUGUUGUUUCGGUGCAACUAUUUAGCAUUAGUGGGUGGAGGAAAAAAACCGAAAUACCCACCUAACAAAGUGAUGAUCUGGGAUGAUCUGAAAAAGAAGACUGUCAUUGAAAUAGAAUUUUCUACAGAAGUCAAAGCAGUUAAAUUGCGAAGAGAUAGGAUUGUGGUAGUCUUGGACUCUAUGAUAAAGGUUUUCACAUUCACACACAAUCCCCACCAGUUGCACGUCUUUGAAACUUGCUACAACCCUAAAGGCCUUUGUGUCCUUUGUCCAAAUAGUAAUAAUUCCCUCCUUGCAUUCCCUGGAACACAUACUGGGCAUGUGCAGAUAGUGGAUCUGGCUAACACAGAAAAGCCUCCUGUAGACAUACCAGCUCAUGAAGGAGUUUUGAGCUGUAUAGCUUUAAACCUUCAGGGAACAAGAAUUGCAACAGCAUCAGAAAAAGGGACCCUUAUAAGAAUAUUUGAUACUUCAUCAGGGCAUUUAAUCCAGGAACUACGAAGAGGAUCACAAGCAGCCAAUAUUUACUGCAUUAACUUCAACCAGGAUGCUUCCCUAAUCUGUGUAUCAAGUGACCAUGGCACAGUGCAUAUUUUUGCUGCAGAAGACCCCAAAAGAAACAAGCAGUCAAGUUUGGCUUCAGCCAGUUUCCUCCCCAAAUACUUCAGUUCUAAAUGGAGUUUUUCCAAGUUUCAGGUUCCCUCGGGCUCGCCAUGCAUUUGUGCCUUUGGAACAGAGCCAAAUGCUGUCAUAGCAAUAUGUGCAGAUGGUAGCUACUACAAAUUUUUAUUCAACCAAAAAGGGGAAUGCUCAAGGGACGUCUACGCUCAGUUUCUAGAAAUGACUGAUGACAAGCUCUGACUGAACUGAAGGAAGUGCCUAGGUCAAAGGUACUACCUUGGCUAUUCUGCAUCUAUGGAAGGACAGUAUAUGAAUGUCCAGUAAUGAUCAAGAUGUGUAGCAGAUCUCUACUGAGAAGCCUGGUCCACCAUGAUCAGAAAACACUGAUAUAGAGGACUAAGUAAUGUUAAGACUCAUUUUUCUUCCAAUUUUCAAUAUUGAAUUUUUUUUGUUACUGUCAACUCCAACUCUCAAGAAGUGGCUUUCAACAGCUCGUGCCUAUUGGGUUUCUUUAGUUAAACUGUGAAAUUACCUUAGAGUUAGGAUGAGUGCCUGCCACAUCACAAUAGCAGAGGGGGGUUGUACAAACUUCAGGACUGACUUGGAUAAAAGAUAUGAAAAUUUGAAGAACUGGGGCAUCACAUCACUUCUACUGAGGCUCUGGGGGAUGGGAAAUAAUUCCUAAAUACUAGGUAACUAAGAUGGCUAUACCAGCAACUUGCCAUAAAACAGAACUAGUCUUUCUCCUGUCAAACCUUGUGAUGGGUGAGGUGGGGGGAAUGAUGCAUAUGGCUAUGGUUUUAAACUGCAUCUGAUCUAGAGUAGGGUUUAAUGGUGGUGGUCUUGUGUACACAGACUGCUAGUCAUGUGUACACAAUGAUAUUGGUUAAGUUGAAUAAACUGUCAGCACUAAUAAGUCAGAGGUGCCAAACUGCAUGUUAGACACAGGCACAUCUAGGUGCUGCUGACCUAACUAACCACUACUCAGUGUAUGAAGCAAACUGGAUAGGAUACUGUGGCAAAUGAAGCUGACGUGUUCUGAAUGGGGGAGAUUCCGUCUAUAAUGAAACACAACCAUUCCAGGCAGAACUCGAGUACUGCUGUGACAAUUGCUUCUAAAAUAUCAGUUGUCUCUGUGCUUCAACGGGAAGACUUGACAGGCCAACACGGUCUGAAUUAAGUGACAUGAACUACACUUAUGAUAAUGGCUCUAAACCUGCAAACAUUGUAAGUGCUGCAUUCUAAAUGGUGUUGGCCUUGGGGCAAAUAAAACAACCCGAACUGCUGUCAUGUGACUUAGCCAGGAGGAAAAGUAAUGUUUCUAUGAGGGGCAAAUGUUCCUUUUUUUUUCCUUUUGAAAUAAGGCACAAAAAUAUCGGUAACUGAAACACAAGCGCUCAAUUACUAGCACUAAAUACAAGAAAUUUUAAUAAGCUCCCUCUUUUGAGAUUUAAUUUCACAGAUGCUUCAAAUUUUGAAGUCCUAGUUCACUCUUAAGAUUUAGCUACAAGUUAUCUAAAUUUGGCAAGUUUCUUUAGCGUCAUGUAAUAAAAAUACUAAGGAUUAACUUUUAUGCAGAUUUUGAUGUCAAGUUUGCAUGUUGCUUUUAUGUGUAUUUAAUCAUGGAAACUACUUGUUUUGCACACUUAUUUGUAAUGUUUUCUUUUAAAUAAAAGUGACUAAUUUUGCUGUA